UGGUAGCAAAUCCAGCAUGGCGGCCGGCCCGAUAGCUGAGAGAAAUCAAGGUUUGUAAAAUAAUGGUAGUCUUUACACUACAUCCCAAUGUUUCAAGUCAAGUAUUUUCUUUCGUACGAAUACUUAACGACUCAGACACAAGCGAGGCAAAGUAACCUAAGCUACUCGAUUGAAGGCGAGGUGCGCUUUCAUUACCGACAUUAGUUGUAGUCGUAAACAAAUUUUGAUGUAUCGCUGUGGCUCUUUUGUCGUAAAUCAAAAGAGCGUGUUCCUGUCCGAGGCCUUAAAACUGAUAAGCUACUUGAUUCCUUAUGUUAACCCAAUUCGAGGAUUCCGAAACGCAAAAGCGGCGGAGCAGUUCGCAUCUGAAGUACAAAGAAGAGAGACGAGUUGAGUUUGAAUGCCAACCGGAGAAAGCGCAAGUCAGCUAAAUCGGUCAUAAGCAAGGAUGGGUUUCAAUUUACUUGACAGCCUGGUGCUAAGACUACCAAUGUUUUUUCACUCUGUUUAGGUACCCGGCAGCUGGACAUUGUUUUCAAAAUACUAGAUACAUGUACCCAGCAACCUGGUAUCCACGUCCAAUUAAAAAAAAACAGUUAACAUUAGAAAAAUGUUGAAAUUUACAUGUAUGCAGAGCUUUCGUCAUUUUUGUCCCGCCUUUCCAUCAAAUCAUCUUUUGUUUUCAUUGAAAUUGCUGCAUAUUAAAAAUUGUUUCUUGCGUUUAAUACUACUAGUGAUGAGAAUGGAAACAAGGAUAUAGAAAAAAAAAGGAACAGUUUUUAUGAGAAACUCAAAACUCUGAGUCUGCAGCACCCUUUUUGGCAGAUUUCUUUGCUGUCAUCACACAACUAUGUUGUCAAAGAUCAUCGUUCAUUAAUAGCAAUCAUUGGGACUUUGAUUUCAUUGGAAAUACCCAUACAGAGUCUUAUUAUGGCUACUUUCAGGUGUCCAAGCAUUAUGUGUAUGUAAUCUUUCAUUCUAACAUUCCAGUAAAGUUGACUGAUUUGUUGUUUCUAAGAUGCUACAAUAUAUGUUGGAGGACUGGAUGAAAAAGUUUCAGAACCUCUUCUUUGGGAACUAUUUCUCCAAGCAGGGCCAGUUGGUGAGUUAAAAAUACACUGCAAAACAAAGACCUGGGCCCAGUUGUUCGAAGGCCGAUUAGCAUUAACCCAGGGUUAAAUUUUAACCCGUGUCCCUUUUACUUUUCAUCAAAAGCAUUUUCUCAGACUAUUUUCUCUAUUCUUUUUAGAGUAGCUAAUCGUCAAAUUUGCUGACAAAAAGAAUUAAACUGAAUUUGCUUUUUAAGCUUUCACAUCUGAAUUCAAAUUGCGAACUAUAAACCCUGGGUUAUCUUAACCCAGCUUUGAACAACUUGGCCCUGGGGAAGUUUUGAGGGUGUACUUGUGAAUAAUAAAAAGCCUGCCUAACCCAUAGCAUGCAUGCAAUACAAUUCUCAUACACUUUUUUAAUGAUCAGGAAAUGAGUUACAACUCUGGUACCUGCGGAAACUUACAUAAUACUCUUGAUGCAUUCAACGACAAUAAUUAUUAUUUUAAAUGAGUGUUAAGAAAAUUGCAUGUUAAGUUGGAAGUGCAGAAAAGAAUGCUGCUCAAUUAAAAAAAAUCUUUGUGCAUUCAGGGUUGUCAUUAAGAGCCGGGGGCCGGGGAUUUUCCCCGGCUACUAAGACAGUGGUCCCCGGCUACCUUUAUUGGAAAUAGAAGAAAAAUAGAACCAAAAGAAAUCCCUAGCUGUUUGAUUCCCCGCCUACUUGUUGUGUUUACCCGGCAACUUGAAAUCUUAGUGACAACCCUGGUACAUUAUUCUAUUUAAAACUUAAUUUAACUGUAUGGUAUAUUCUUUAGUGACUUGUUUAAUGCAAACAUAAUGAGUACUUAAAUUCUCUAUUUCAGUGAAUGUCCACAUGCCAAAAGAUCGCAUCACACAGCUUCAUCAAGGUUAUGGAUUUGUUGAAUUCCUUGGUGAAGAGGAUGCUGAUUAUGCCAUUAAAGUCAUGAAUAUGAUCAAAGUUUAUGGAAAACCAAUCAGAGUGAACAAGGUACAAAUGUUAUCCUCAUUGAACAUAAUUACAUUGUGUUUCUGCCGAGUUCAUACUAACAACGUAAUUGCCAAAUACUGUAGGUGCAAGGGCUGUGUAAUGCAAUGUAUAUGGCCUCAUUUUGUUCUUGUCUAUUUGACAAAAAAUGAGCAUUAGCACUGUAAGUUAACUUCCAGUGUGAUUCCUGGGACUGCUGCUUUGGAACACUCAGGAGAGCAGUUCUACAUGUAAUAUAUUAAAAAAAUAGUUGGUUAUAUUUUGGUCUGCUCCACAGCCAUUCUUUGUCUCAUCAUUUUUUUCUGUUUUAAAUCUAUCAAGUACCUUCAAUUCAAAAGGAAUUCUGCUUGAAAAUGGUAUAAGAGUAAAUCUCCCAAAGUCAAACCUCAAAUUUUCAGCAAAACCAGCCAAACAAGGAUUUUAUGACAUUCUUCACUGUGUCUUGUUGAAGCUGUAUGUGAGUUCACACCUGGAGAAGUUAUCAGGAUUUAUCUGCUGCCCUGGGCCUGGUGGUUCAAAGCUGUGUUAAGAUAACCCAGAGUUAGUGUGAAAUUUGAACUCAGAUAUGAGAGCUUAAGAGGCAAAUCCAGUUUAAUUCUCUUUGCCUAGAAUUUGAUGAUUGGAUACUCUAAAAAGAAUACAGAAAAUUAUCCAAGAGAGUGUUUUGAUAAAAAGAAGAAGAAAGUCAUGUUAAAAUGUAACUCUGGGUUAGCGCUAUCUGGCAUUCGAACUACUGGACCUAGAAAAUCAGAAACAAAAAUGUAAGGCCAAAUGCUCUGAAACCGUACUUAAGUUCGAUAUCAUUUUUUUUCUCAUCCUUGGCCAUCACUGUGAGUGUUAUACUCAUCAGGUAAAAUAUUUAAUUUUCAACUGAUUUGUUUCCAGGCAUCAGCACACAAUAAGAACCUUGAUGUUGGUGCCAAUAUCUUCAUUGGAAAUCUUGAUCCAGAAAUUGAUGAGAAGCUGUUAUACGACACAUUCAGUGCUUUUGGAGUGAUCCUUCAAACCCCAAAGGUACCAUCAAACCUACAGUAUAUAUACCUAAUUAAAAAAAUGGGUUCCUUCUAGGCAAUUGGUCAUUGUCAAUAAUAUUGGCCAUUAAGUAUUUGGGCAUACAGAUCUCAUGGCAAUGAAUUGCUUGAUUGACCACCAAACAAUGGCUCUGUGCACAUCUUUAUAAAAUCAGGUUUAUACUCACUCUACCUGGACAGGUAAUAUAUAACAAUUAUUCACCGAAGUGGAGGUGGCUAGUCGUGAAUAUUUACCGAACUGCGAAGCAGUGAGGUAAAUAUCCAAGACUAGCCACCGACACUGAGGUGAAUAAUUGUUUUAGUAUAUACUAAAACAGUGAGAUAGUUGAGCACAAAAAUGACGAUUUUUAACUCAAAUACUGUUGCCAACGAUUACAAUUUUGGCGCGUAAUGACCGGGGGGCUGCGGCAGUCGCUUUUUCUUGCCGACAAUUAAAACUUUUGAAGGCAUUUGUUUAGCUCUUGCGGGGAAAUUUCUUCAAAAGGAGUUGUGAAUUCUUUUUGUAUUUAAAAUCAUUCUAUAAAAAUAGAUUAUUAAAUUUAGUUUUAAGCUUAUUUAUGAACAACUCAACUAAAUAAAGUAAGCAAGACUUAAACUUAAUUUGCAUUUGUAAACAAAAACUUUUUCACCGGUUUUAUCGAUAAAUUCGUGUCAAAAAGACAAAGCUUUACCUGUUAAAACUUCCAAUCCGAACUUCAUCACCUUCUUCGUGUAUUUCGGAAACAGCUUGCUUGAUUAGUUGUGAAAUUUCUUUGUUUGUUUACGGCAGCAAACCGAGAAGACAUUUUGCUCGCAACUUACGCGAGUUUGGCGUUGCUCGCUCGGAGGAACUGGAGGUGAAUCAGUGAAUAGUGCAGGAUAUUCAUUGAUUGAGUAGCCAAUCAGAGCGCGCGAAAAACACUAUCCACUGUUUUAGUAUAUACUAAACAGAUUUAGCCAGAGCUAAAAGCGAAGCUCUGUUUUAUUCAUUUUAAAUUUACUGCAUACAAUGAACUUUAACAUUACGGAAAACCAUACGACUGAAAAACAUAAACUUGAGCCCAGGAUGAAUUGAAUUAAAAGCUAACAACUGGUCAUUUUUUGAUAAUUUAAUAAGGGGUGCACUUGAUUCAUUGUAUUCUGGUCAGUGCAUAAAAGAAUGUGUAUAUUCACUGCCUGGUACAAACUUACUCUGUAAUAAUAGCAGCCAGGCUGUUUCCAUGGUCACCCCCAUCCUUUGUUUCAAAGUGAGGCUACAUGUAAUUGACCACUCCAGAAAUACCAUAACAUACCAUAAUGCUCUUUGUUUGUCAACACAAAAUUUUGCAUAAGCAUUGUCUUAAGUUUCUCUCGGGAGUUAAAAUGGCCCCAAGAGAAACUGAAAACAAUGCUUAUGCAAAAUUUUGGGGUGACAAACAAAGAGCAUUAUGGUAUGUUAUGGUAUUUUCUGGAGUGGUCAGUUGUGAAGCUACAUGUAUUGAUUUGACAUGAUUUAUCUUUAAAUUUUCAUGCAAACAAUCAUUACUCAUUUUUACUGCAGCGUCAUUUAGAAAGUAAGAGGUUUUGUGACUCGACAAAUGGCCUAUUGUUUUCUCACUGAAGUGGAAUCAGCAUAGAGCUUUAUUAUUUUAUUUUUACCAGAUUUCUAGAUUUAAAGAUUAUUCAUAAAAUGCCAAAACAUUAAUUUAUUUAUACAGCAGUUUGUUCCAUAAAAAUCAAUCAAUCAAUCGAUCAAUCAAACACUUUAUUUAACUUGUAAUAAAUUGAUAGCAAAAUCGCUAAUGUUGCUAUUGUUAUUUAAGUAGUACAAAAAGUUUCCAUGUUUGCGUACAUGUAGCCUGAUGUAAACAUGACAGGAGUUGGGAGAAUUGGAGACAGUUAUGCAAACUCGGGACAAAGUCAAGGGUUUGCAUAACUGUUGAGAACUCUCACUGGCAACCAUUCAAAUCACUGCAUCUCUCCUAAGUUGAAUUUUUCAGAUAUACAGUGUAUGAAUUCACAGAAUUGCCAAGCCCAAAAAGGCAAAAAUCUUUGUUUUUUUUAAAAUCUAUUUUGUAAGGCUCAUAAAAAUGUGUUUUGUCCUGUAUGGCCUCCUCAUCUCUAAUUACAUUUGUAUGGAACUUUACUUGUUUUGACCACUUUUUGACUUCCUGAAGGAGGCAAAGCAGUUUAAAAGCAAAUUCCUGUGCAUAGCAGAUGUGCACACCAUGAAGUUAGUGUUCAGAUUGGACCAGCUAAAGCUGAAAUACACUGUACUUAUUUAUUAUAUAAAUACCAAUGAAUUACCAGGUGAGCUUUUGCGCAAAAACUUGAUAUCUUCACAUGUGAAAAUAACAUGUUAUCUUCACAUGUGAAAAUAUCACCAUUGCUAUGGCUAAAUAAUAAGUCACACCUUUCACACCAAAAAACUAUUAAAGUGAUAUGGUUUGGUAGUUCAUUGGUGUUUAUAUAAUAAAUAGAACAUUACAUGGUUGCUUGGAGAUACGAAAUUUCUUUUAUUGUGUUGAAAAAAUUUUUCUCUCAUUCGCUGCGCUCACUCAUGAAAUUGCGUAUCUCCACGCAGCCAUGUAAUAUCCUCUGUGUAUGUACAGUGUUUACACCAGACGUGGUCUUCUUUUUUAGAUAAUGCGUGAUCCUGAAACAGGCAACUCCAAAGGUUUUGCAUUCAUUAACUUUGCAAGUUUUGAGGCAUCUGAUGCAGCUAUGGAGGCUAUGAACGGACAGUAUUUGUGCAAUCGACCAAUCACAAUAUCUUACGCAUUCAAGAAAGAGUCUAAAGGAGAAAGGCAUGGAUCUGCAGCAGGUACUUGUGAAUCAAUCAUAAUGUGCAGCAGUCAAUAACUUGUACACUUAAGUGUCUUUUAAUAAAAUAACUAACAAUUAUUAUUGGACAAGGUUGAGCAAAAUAUCAUUAUUUGUCGAUGGCAAGCAGAUCAAUUAUUUGCUUCAGCCUUCAGCUUUGGCAAAUAAAAUUAACGAGCUGUGAGACUGUGACAAAUCACAAUACAUUGUGUUAGCCGAGUCUAUUGUUUUAUCAUUCAAUCACUGAAAUUGUUUUUUUUUUUUAAUGAAUAUCUUCUGGAAGCAAAGCAAUCUGCCAUUUUCAUGCAAGAGUGAUCACAAGAAGGAGAAAAGCUUUCAUUUAUGCAUGAACAGAAUAUUACUCACAGCCAAACAAAGUUGGGUGACAUUGCUCCUGAGCAGACCAUUAUUAAAUAACUGCCUAUAAAUUUUAUAGGCAGUUAUUGGCAGGUCAUGUGGUGGGCUCUCGGCCAAUAAAGAGGAAGAAAAAUCUGCAAUGUUCAAUUGAUAGUACAGUGUGACAUGUGUAUGUUAAAGGUUGAAAAAAUGCAAGUUAAAUUAUUAUUGGAUAAGGCUGAGUAUAACAGCUACGAUAAAAUAAUAGUCAAGAGUAAUGCCAGUCAAGGAGAGUCAUUAUAAUAUUUGCAUGAUACUGAGAGAAUAGCUGAUUGGAUCCCUAGCUCUAGUGCUCACAAGCCAGACAUUCAGAGAGGUACUCUCAUCUCUACUGACCUUGAGAGAUAUACAUGAGUGUAUCAGAGUUCUUUGUAAAGAAUUCAAAAAGGCCUAUCACAGUUCGAUAUUCCUCCAAGAUGUUGACUAUGACAGUAUAGUCUUGAACUGAAAGAGGCUGUUCAUUGAUAGCUCACUGCUACUCAUUUUAAAGAAAAAUUAGGAAGGGCUGUGCUGUAUUUUUGUUUAAGGGGUCAGUUUCAACUUGGCUAACUACUUUCUCCUAAACAUCCCUUCCCCCGCUUUUUCAGGACUUUUACAACUCCGGCUUAAAAGGAAAAAAAUGGCUGGCUACACCCCUGACCUGUGUACAAAUUACAUUGUAAUAAUAUAUUAUUUAUUAGAUUCAUUUUAUCUCUAAAAGUCACAUGUAUAGUAUAAUAUUCUCAUAUUAUUCUGAGCACACUGUAGGACAGUACAUACACAGCAAAUACAAAGCAUAAUUAUGGAGGUUUGACAUUAUUUUGAGGCCAUGUUUUAUCAUUGUAUCAAUAAGUUGUUCAAAUUUCAUUUACACACCAGCGGCAUGAAAAUUGAUGAGUGUUUCCAUGGCAUGACAAUAGGACUCUUUGAUAGGCCUGAGCUACAUGCAAUGGAGUGACUUGUUGGACUAGCAUGUACAGUGUAUGUUGAAAUAAAUUAGUAUCAGUGAAAUGGGGUUUGGCAGGCCUGCAUGACUGCUCCAGGGUAGUUAACUCCAGCAGCAGCUUGCCAUUUGGGUUUCCUGUUCAAUCUGGCAAUACAGAUAUGUUGUUACCCUAAGAGAGGUGUAUUACUGUUUACAUGUACAUGUAAUUUCUAAUUUGCAAUUAUAUUUGCUUUCUAAACAGAGCGUCUCUUGGCAGCUCAAAAUCCUCUUGCUCAAGCAGACCGACCUCAUCAGCUGUUUGCAGAUGCACCACCCACUCCUGUUGCAGCUGCUGUACCCCCAGCACCCCCAGCUGUUAUGCCACCUCCAGUAAUGACAGUACCAGUACCCAGUGCUGUACCCAGUAUGCCUCCUAUGCCGGUAUCAGGACCCCCAAUGCCACCUGUUCCACCAGGCAUGCCUCCUCCAGGUAACAGCUGUCAACUGUCAAUUUUCUUUGUGUAGUUUUUAGCUUUGGUAUACAAAACCCUUUUAUUUUUAACAGUUCACUACUUUUUACUUUAUUUUAUUUAUUAUACACUUACAAUGUACUAUACAGUGUUCUGCCAGAGAAAAAAAAUGUAAGUCAGAACAUUGAGCUGUAAUAUUAUUUGCUUUGAUUUUUUCUGGAAUUGUAACUGAAGCAUUUUUGGCUAGAUUAUCAUAAAACUAUAACACUUCCAUCAAAACAAUAAUAGACCAAUUUCAUUUAAUUUAUUGGGUACGAGGCCUGGAGAAAUAAAACAGAAUAAAAUAAGAAUAAAAUAAAAUAAAACAGAGACAUAUUAUUCAUUGCUGAGCGUCAAGGUAAUUUCUUUUCUUUUAUUUCACCAAGCCUUGCAGCCAAGUAAGAAUUGGAAUAAUAUGUUGAAAUUGGUCUUUUUUAUUUCUUUUUACCACAUAGGUAUGCCUCCUCCGGGAAUGAUGCCACCACCUGGUUUUCCACCACCUGGAAUGUUUCCACCCAGAAUGCCUGGCAUUCCGCCUCCGCCUGGACAGCCUCCUGAUCAACAUCCUCCCCCACCACCACCAGGUCAAAUGCCACCACCUCCUCCCCCCAUGGGAGGGCAGUUCCCACCACCACCCCCUCCAAAUAUGAUGCCACCUCAGGUGAGUCUCCUACACACAGCUGUUUUUGUGUUUGUUGUCACACAAUGAUCCUUCCCAGGGAGUGUUGUGUGACAACACAAAAGUGGCUGUGAGGGAAACUAGGGGAGGGAGUUACGUACAAAAUAAUUAUGUAAAAGUUAUCGGGUUAGUCUUUGGUGCUUUAUCAGUGUGGGAGGAAAAAAUAAUUUUGGGAACAAGUGCGGCAACAUGCUAUGAUCUGCCUGAGGCCCUAAAGAAAAUUCUUAAAUGUUAAAUGAGUGUUUGGAAAACAGAUCAUCUUUUUAUUUGCAUUUUAGUUUUUUUUUGUUUCUGAGAUAAUUUUUUUUCAGAAGAAAUGUUUGACAUUUUACACUAAAUUUCUGGUCACAAUACAUAAUGUACAUGUAUGAAACUCCUCGAAAUUCAUCAAAACUACUCCUCUGCACGUCAUAAUUUCAUAUUUCUUCUCAAUGUUUGAUCCUGUGAUGNCCGCCUGGACAGCCUCCUGAUCAACAUCCUCCCCCACCACCACCAGGUCAAAUGCCACCACCUCCUCCCCCCAUGGGAGGGCAGUUCCCACCACCACCCCCUCCAAAUAUGAUGCCACCUCAGGUGAGUCUCCUACACACAGCUGUUUUUGUGUUUGUUGUCACACAAUGAUCCUUCCCAGGGAGUGUUGUGUGACAACACAAAAGUGGCUGUGAGGGAAACUAGGGGAGGGAGUUACGUACAAAAUAAUUAUGUAAAAGUUAUCGGGUUAGUCUUUGGUGCUUUAUCAGUGUGGGAGGAAAAAAUAAUUUUGGGAACAAGUGCGGCAACAUGCUAUGAUCUGCCUGAGGCCCUAAAGAAAAUUCUUAAAUGUUAAAUGAGUGUUUGGAAAACAGAUCAUCUUUUUAUUUGCAUUUUAGUUUUUUUUUGUUUCUGAGAUAAUUUUUUUUCAGAAGAAAUGUUUGACAUUUUACACUAAAUUUCUGGUCACAAUACAUAAUGUACAUGUAUGAAACUCCUCGAAAUUCAUCAAAACUACUCCUCUGCACGUCAUAAUUUCAUAUUUCUUCUCAAUGUUUGAUCCUGUGAUGUAUUAGUAACACUGUGUUUCAUAUUUGACAUAAAGCUACUUGAGUCCCGGCUGGCUCUUUGGACAACCAGCUCUUACAUUAUUUUUGCUUGCCUAUGGGGUUGAGUUGCAUGCUUGGCAUAGUACGCUUUAUUGUUUGUAAAGCUGACGUGCCUUGGCCCUUGUCCAUCUGUUAAGCUUAGGGGUAUAGAAUGGUAAAUUUGAGACUUUGCGAGUCUGCGAGACCCAGGUUUCAAGAUUCGAGACUGAGAUCGAUACUCUCUAAGAUGCAAGAUCACCCAAAAAAGAGAUUUGAGACCCAUCAAGAACACUUCUAAAAUUUUGAGAUCAGGCCAAAAUUUUCUGAGACCCACGUUUUUCAAGGAACCAUCCUAUACCCCUAAGCCUGAAAAUUGACUUGCCCAACAAGAAAGUGUACUUGUCCCAGAAAAUCCAGAGAGCACUUGCUCCUGAGGACCUACUUUAGUGAAGAUUUGACAGUAAUCUGUAACAUUUUCACUUAAAUGUUUUUUCCAUCAGCCUCCGCUAGGCCAUGGUCCUCCCCCAGACCAAGGCGGGAUGCCACCCAGACCUCCUAUGCCAUUCCAUCCUCCUCCUGGUGGUAGACCACCCAUGAUGCGUGAUAUGGGACCACCUACCGGUAAUAUACCAAGUUUGUUAAGUUCCGGGCCCCAGCCGCUGAUGCAGACACCUAUCAGAAUGCCGCCUGGAGGUGAGUAUAGUCUGACAACUUGCUCUCAAUAAAGCACAGUGCUUGCUUGCAAGCUUGAUUGUGUAAGAGGGAGAAAAAAACCGUUGGAAAGUUGCUUCUACCAAAGCUCUAAUUUUACACAUGUACAUUUUGGCCCCAUGUAAGGGAAUCUUGGAUUCUGGAUUCCAUGCAAUGGAUUCCGGAUUCCGGAUUCCGGAUUCCAGGUACUGGAUUCCGGAUUCUUUGUCAGUGGAACUGGGAUUCUGUAUCCCAAUCGCUAGUGAGAUCUGAGUUCCUAGAGCUGAAGUCCGCAUUCCAAAGCCCAAGAUUUCUGAAGACUCCACACGAAAAAUUUCCCUGAUUCUGAGUCCACAGGCAAAUAUUUCUCAGAUUCCUGAAUCCCGAUUCCCUUACAUGGCAUUGGGGCGAUACAAAGGUCCCUUUUAUGUUAUAUUACACGUGAUCUUCUUUUCUGUGUUUAUUUUUUGUGUAAAUCCUCAUAAUCAACUCCAUCAAAAUCUCUCUUUUUCAGGUCCUAUGCCUCCUGGUGGGCCGCCAAGGUUUCCGCCUCCUCCACCUCCUCACUGAUCUGUACCAAAAAAUUGGAUCCGUGCUCGUUGACUAUUUAGUCGUUCAAAGAAAAAGGAACAACUUCAACUAAGAUAAUAUCACGUCGGAAUUUUCAUGAAAAACAGCUUGGAAGAGAGAAGCAGUGAUGGAGAAAAGUUACUUCUUAAGAAGACGCAAAAUAACUUACAACUUCGACCUUAGACUACGUCGAAACAAAAGCUUGUCCGUCCUUUUAUUUCAGAGGACUAUAAUGGAUCCGUUGACAGUGAAUGUGAAUUAGAUAGAUCAGCUUGAAUUGAGAUUUUUUGUACCAAAUUGUACCAAUAGACCAAUUCCGACGUAUUAAAAUUCAUACUUGGCUGCGUUUCUUGGGGGAUUAAAACAAAAGAAAUCAUCUUGAAGC